AUGUACAUCCAAUUUUCAAUCUUCAUCACCGCUCUUGCCGGCCUCACCACUGCCGGUCCUGUCGAAGUCCGCCAGCUCGGCCUUGGUGGUACCGAAAGUACCUCCAAGGAGUUCUCUCAAGGUGGAUGUAAAGACAUUUUGUUCGCCUGGGCCCGCGGAUCCACUGAGAUUGGCAACAUGGGCACUGUUGUCGGCCCCCCAACCUCAAAUGGACUGAAAAAAGAGUUCGGCGCCAACGCUGUAGCAACCGAAGGCAUCAACUAUGCUGCCACAGUUGGCACAAACGUAAUCCCUGGAGGCACCGACACAGCCUCCAAGAAGCUUAUGCAAGACACGCUUAAAUCCAUGGCGCAGAAGUGUCCAGACUCGAUCAUCGUAGCUGGUGGCUAUUCUCAGGGUGCUGCCGUCAACCACCGCGCUAUCGAGGAGCUCGACGCUAGUGUUCAGGACCAAAUCGCUGGAGUUGUCCUCUACGGCGACACACAGAAGCAACAGGACAGGAAUCAGAUUCCCAACUUCCCUGCUGAUAAGGUCAAGAUCAUUUGCCAGCCUGGCGAUGCUGUCUGCCAAGGUGCUCUGGUCGUUCUCCCAGCUCACCUGACGUACGGUUCGCGCGCUGAUGAGGGUGCUGACUUCUUAAUCCAGCAAGUCAAAGGUGCGCAGGCGAAGAUCAAGGCCAGAAACGCGAAACGCGAAGCCGAGGAGAGGAUUACCGCCUUGGCUGGUAAAAUCAAUAAGGUCGCUGUCGCUCUCGUAGCUUAG